AUGACCAAACAAACACCAAACCCCACAAGUCGUUUCGUACUUACAAUGCGCUAUUUGACCCCAAUCAUCGCUCUCGCGGCGUCUCUUGCUCAUCUCACAACAGCCCAGCUGGGCUCCCACGACACUAUCUGCAGAUUUCUCUAUGGCACCGAGUACACGGACGCAUGCUGCCACACCGUCAUCAGCCGCGGGUUGAACGCGCCCUGUACCGAUAUAGAAGACUACACAUUUGCUCGCAUCAUGACGGCUGCCCGCAAAGAAACCGGAGUCCAGGUAGAGUGCCGCAUGGCGUUCGCGACACCUUCCACAUACGUGUCGGCUCUUUGA